AUGAACAUUUUACAGUUUUGUAUUCAUUCCGAUUUUAGGAAGUUAGACAGCUUCUCCUUGUGCUGUUAUGCUACAACGGUUCUCAACCACGUGGACUGCGAAUACCCAUUGUCGGCGCGAGACUCAUUUUCAAGUUGCAAUCGCAUGAUUGAAAACUCAGGUUCUAGAAAGAUCAUUUGGUUGCUUGGUGUUCUUGCUGUGCUUGGUAACCUGGCUGUAAUAGCCUGGCGUCUAAUUAGACACGACGACCACCCGAUUCAGAACUGUCUUCUGAUGAAUCUCGCGGCGUCCGACCUUCUCAUGGGAGAGUACCUUAUGAUUGUUGCCAUUCAAGACCAAAUAUGGGCAGGUAUAGUUUUCGAUCACCACUGAAACCGAAAGAGCCAUAAACAUUGUAUUUAUUUUUCAACUAACUGUUUGUAUUACACAUUCUAUGUAACAAGUUUCCUUUCAGUUACAUUACUUGGAGAGAAAGUUAAUUUUUGUAUAUAUUUCUGGUAAUGAACCCACCUGUCGAAUAAAGUGUUGUGUGUAUGUUUUGUUUUGUUUUUUUGUUGUUGUUGUUGUUGUUUUUUUAGGGGCGCAAUACACUGUAUAAGUUCUUUUUUUAUUAACACAGCAUUUGUGAUAAGCUUGGCUAGUUUGAUCUUGGUUGGUAAGAGAUUUCUAAUCAAAAUAAUAAAGCAGUACGCAACCCUUAAAUGGUCUUAAAUUUGAAGAGAUCACACUGAAUCUUACCUUUUGAGGUCACAUUAAACUAAAGCUUGUACACAGGCCUGGCACAAGACAUAUACCUUCGACCAGCCUGUACCAGGCCAGUGAUAGGCACGCGAACGUAUGAGCUCAUGAUCUGGGAAAAGGGGGAGCGGUGGCAGUUUGCCCCUGUUUUAUUUUCGUGUCCGCUUUCUCAACUUCGCGGGCGUCAUUUUCUCGAAGUCUGAAGCACUCAGGCUAACUUUCACCAGGUGUCAGUUUAAUUGAACUUUUGCGAGUAUAAUUAUUGAUUUCAGACUCUAAAACAAAUUUACAUAUUGACCGGGCCUUAGCUACUAUAAUACACAUCAUGACUGGUUUUUUUUUUUUUUUUUUUUUUUUUUUUUUUGACCUAGAACACAUUUUCCGGGUAAAGCAUACAAUAGGGUGCAAAGACAAGUGAGUGUUAUCAUAAUACUGAAACAGUUCUUUAUUUCCAGGUGCUUACUUUACCUUCGACCUCACUUGGCGAUCAGGAACACUUUGUAAAGUUGCUGGUGCUUUAUCAGUGUUGUCGAGCGAAGUCUCGGUACUAAUGCUGACUGUUAUAACCGCUGAUCGAUUGAUCAGCAUCGUCUUUACAUUCAGCUGUUGCCGAUUCACGCUAAGGGGAACUUACGUUAUUUGUGCAGCCGUCUGGGUCAUCGGUACCAUCAUUGCCGUCGUUCCAACAUAUGAUCUCCCAUCUUUUUACAACGAGGACCGACAAUAUGGAUUUUACGGUAUAUUCACUUUUCAAGUGACAGUUCGCCCCCACUAAUUUAAUUUUCCACUUAAGUCGGGUUCUUAUAAUCUAAUAGAUUAAAACGUCCUGAUUAGUCUACCGUAGUAUAGUGACGUCGAGCAAAGUUUCGGUUAAUUUUCAGCACAUCGUAGCAAACUGCUUAACAGAAGAUUGUCAUGGCAACAGAAAACUUCGCUCUGUGACUUGUGGGUAAGAAAUUGUCAUCGCCAUCUUCAUAAUCAUCAUCAUUGUCAUCAUCAACAGCAUCAUCAUCAUCGCUAUUUACUUCUUUUUGCGCUUCCUCUCUCCUUAUCAUUGGGAUUAGCCUGUCACAUGAUCUGAUAUUAAAAACCAACUAAAAUACGUAAUUCGUAUUUUUUUUCUUUAAGGGCGUUCGUCAGUUUGUCUCCCUCUCCAACUGACCACAGAAAGGCUGGCCGGCUGGGAGUAUUCAGUUGCCAUAUUUAUCGCUUUGAAUCUCACAGCUUUCCUUUUCAUCAUGACAGCCUACAUCGCCAUUAUGUGUAAGGUAUUUAAGUCAAAGCGGAGACUCAAGGCACAUGGAGAAUCAAAAAUCAAUAAAAACCUCAACAGAGAGUCGGCCCUCGCACGAAGAGUGUUCGCCAUCAUCUUAACUGACUUCUGUUGCUGGAUUCCUGUGAUAAUUUUGAGUGUUCUUGCCCUCGUUAAGAAGUUCAAUGAUCCCGACGGAACGGCUUACGUGUGGUUUGCUGCGUUUGUCCUGCCAGUUAAUUCAUCUGUUAAUCCUGCGCUCUACACGUUUUCAACACCGAAGGUAAGAACGCAAAUGGGCAAACCACUUAAGAGUCAAUGUCAUAAUAAUCGGACAGGCUCAAAAUUCGCUGAUACGUUUUACACUGAUAGAGUAUUGUAUCGUAGUAAACAAGACAGGGUUAGUUUUGUCUAA